GCGCGGGCGCUCGGGGGAGGUGGCCGAGAGCGAGGCUGCGGCGCCGGGGCCCGCGCUCCGCCCUCUCCUCCUCCUCCUCCUCCUUCGCCGCUGUCGCCGCCGCCGCCGAGGGCCCGGAGGGAGGGAGCCGCGUCCUCGCCUGCCGCGCCACCAGUCCGACCCUCGGUCCGGCCGCGUGAGCAGCCAGGCGGGCGCAGCGCGGCCGCCCCCUCUCUGCAGGUGCCUGUGCCGGGCCGCCGGGGCCGCGGCCGCCUUCCGAACCCGCCCGCUCGCCACACACUUGCCCCCUGCGCUCCUGAGGGGCGGCCGGUGCCGAGGAGGCCGCCUCGGGGCCCGGCGCUCGACAUGAACCGCAGCCACCGGCACGGCGCGGGCAGCGGCUGCCUGGGCACCAUGGAGGUGAAGAGCAAGUUUGGAGCUGAAUUUCGUCGUUUUUCACUGGAAAGAUCAAAACCUGGAAAGUUUGAGGAGUUUUAUGGAUUACUGCAACAUGUUCACAAGAUUCCUAACGUUGAUGUCUUAGUGGGCUAUGCAGACAUCCACGGAGACCUGCUGCCCAUCAAUAACGACGACAAUUAUCACAAGGCAGUCUCCACAGCCAACCCCCUGCUGAGGAUUUUCAUACAGAAAAAGGAAGAAGCAGACUACAGUGCCUUUGGUACAGACACACUAAUCAAGAAGAAGAAUGUUUUAACCAACGUCUUACGUCCUGACAACCACAGAAAGAAGCCACACAUAGUCAUUAGCAUGCCCCAAGACUUCAGACCCGUGUCCUCCAUCAUUGACGUGGAUAUCCUCCCGGAGACGCACCGGAGGGUUCGCCUGUACAAGUAUGGCACAGAGAAACCGCUGGGCUUCUACAUCCGGGACGGCUCCAGCGUCCGUGUGACUCCACACGGCCUGGAGAAGGUGCCGGGCAUCUUCAUCUCCCGACUCGUCCCAGGAGGGCUAGCCCAAAGCACAGGACUUCUAGCUGUCAACGACGAGGUUCUAGAAGUCAAUGGCAUAGAAGUUUCUGGAAAGAGCCUGGAUCAGGUCACAGAUAUGAUGAUCGCCAACAGCCGCAAUCUCAUCAUCACCGUGAGGCCUGUAAACCAGAGAAACAAUGUGGUCAGGAACAGUCGGACUUCCGGCAGCUCUGGCCAGUCCACCGAUAACAGCCUCACUGGCCACCCGCAGCCAAAUGAGCCCAGCUUUGAGCCUGAGGACGAAGACAGCGACGAAGGCGACAUCGUCAUCGAAGAUAAUGGGACACCACAGCAGAUUCCGAAAGCCACUCCCCAUGCCACUGAGAGCCUGGAGUCUCUGGCACAGAUAGAACUCAGCUUUGAGACUGGGCAGAAUGGGUUUAUUCCUUCUGCUGAGAUGAACUUGGCCUCUGUAGCAAGCGGCACCAACACGGAAACACGCAGCACAGGUCAGAAGCUCUUGGAAGAAGAUGGCACAAUCAUAACGUUAUGACAGCGUCCUCGGUGUCAAUGGAGUGGGACGCCACUGGGCGGGGGCUUGCUCCUGUGGCCAAGCACAGGCCUCCUCCCUCCGAGCCAGCGAUGUGGAAUAGGCAUGAGGAAAGUGCUGCUGUAAGCCUGAGAUGUAGCUCGACAACUGUUAGCUCGGACUUUGGAUCAGAGCGGGACUGGAGUCUCAAAGGGGUCUUGGCCAGUGCGGCGAAGUGCUUUUGCUGUUUGUGUACGCACUCGGGGCUGGGCCGUCUCUGUGUUUAACCCGCUGUGCAGAUCCUGCUUAGUUUCCUCUUUCACUAUGUUGGUCAACUCCCAGUGUGAAGAGGUCUGACUGGCUACACUAAUGACCUCAGCUGUCACAUUCCCAAAACCAUACAUUGAUUUUUCCUUCAUGUUGUCCCUCUGUUGCUGAGUGUGACAUUUUCUCCAAUGCAUUGUUUGUUUGUUUGUGUUUCUAAUUUCUGAAAAGCAUC